AUGACUGCGCAUGCGCACUCUCCAGCUCAGCGCUUCCUCAACUUGAUAAGAAUGGUCGCCGGAGCACGCCUGCACGUCAUAGGUUAGAUAAAGUGACUUCGGGAGCCUCACGCAAGUUCUCACCGCCGGUCAGAAUUUCAUGGAAGAUACUGACCUGCCAUUCUCAGACAACACCCGUACUGGAAUGCUGGACACUGAGUCCACUGCCAUGGAGAGCAAUGGGGAUGCUUUUCUUCCUGAACUUCCAGUUUUAGGCCAAACCGCUGAAUGGUCCCUGGGCCAGGUUGCUCCAGAGCCACUCACAACCAUCUUGCCUGAUGACUCUGAUGCAUCCCAGGAUGGUGCUGGGGAACCACAGCCACCAACUGAGAUGAAUUCCACAGAGCUGGGAUCUGUGGAGAAGGCCGUCGAGCAGUUUCAGCUCGCCAGUGCUCAGCUUCUCCGAGAGGAGCAGCCGCCACAGCCGACAGAAGAACCAGAACAGCCACCACAGCAGCCACCAGAGCACAACGCAGAGUCUGUGGACGCGGAGCAAGAGGGCCAAGAGAUGAGUGUGGAGCCAAGUGCUGCUGUACAAGAUGGCAGUCAAGACGGGGCUGAGGCACCACAGGUUACAGAGGAUGGCAUGGAGCUGGAAGAACCAUCCAAAGAGACAACAGAAGAAGCAACUGUUGCUCCAGAGCCACCGCUGCCCAGUGAGUUUGAAAAACUCUUUAAAGGUUGCGAGGAGAAUCCAGAAGACUUCAAUGGUUGGGUCUACCUGCUGCAAUAUGUGGAGCAAGAGAACGACCUUGAAUCUGUAAGAAAGUCAUUUGAUUUAUUCUUCCUACGCUAUCCCUACUGCUAUGGCUACUGGAAGAAGUAUGCAGAUAUCGAGAAAAAGCACGACAAUGUGCAGGUUGCAGAAGAGGUAUACAGAAGAGGCUUGCAGGCCAUCCCUCUCAGUGUGGACCUGUGGCUGCACUACCUGGCUUACAUCAAGGAGAACUCAGACCCUAAUGCCCCAGAGACGGAGGGACACAUUAGAGCUACUUAUGAACAGUCAGUGCUUGCAGCAGGCACAGACUUCCGCUCAGACCGUCUGUGGGAGUCCUUCAUCAGCUGGGAGACAGAGCAAGAGAAGCUGGCAAAUGUCACUGCUGUCUAUGAUCGCAUCUUGAGCAUCCCAACCCAGCUAUAUUCCCAGCACUUUCAGAACUUCAAAGAGCAUGUGCAGAACAACAACCCUAAACACUUCCUGUCAGAGAAGGAGUUCAUCGAGAUGAGGCUUGAGCUCUCUAAAUCCAGCCUUUCGUCGAUGGUCGGCAGCGAUGGAGAGACGCCUGCUGCUGAGGAGGAGCUACCACCUGGAACAGAUGAUCUUGCUGAUCCUGCAAAGAGAGUGACAGAGAUCGAGAAUAUGCGCCACAAAGUCAUCGAGGUUCGGCAGGAAGUAUUCAACCACAAUGAACAUGAAGUCAGCAAGCGCUGGGCCUUCGAGGAAGGGAUUAAGAGACCAUACUUCCAUGUCAAAGCCUUAGAGAAGACCCAGCUGAACAACUGGAAGGAGUACCUGGACUUUGAGAUUGAAAAUGGGUCUCCGGAGCGCGUGGUCGUUUUGUUUGAACGAUGCCUCGUUGCCUGUGCUCUCUACGAAGAGUUUUGGACCAAGUAUGCAAAAUAUGUAGAAAGCUACAGCACUGAAUGUGUGAGACAUGUCUACAAGAAGGCGUGUAACAUCCACCUGGCCAAGAAACCUGCCAUCCACCUGCUGUGGGCGGCCUUUGAGGAGCAGCAGGGCAAUGUGGAGGAGGCUCGUGACAUUCUGAAGUCCCUGGAGGUGGCAGUUCCAGGUAUGGCCAUGGUGCGCCUUCGGAGGGUCAGUCUGGAGCGUCGCCACGGUAAUUUGGAGGACGCAGAGUUGCUGUUAAGGGAAGCCAUGGAUUCUGCGGAGGCCGUUUCCGAGACAUCUUUCUACGCUGUGAAGCUGGCGAGGCAGCUGAUGAAGGUGCAGAAAAGUCUGAGCAAAGCCAGGAAGGUGCUGCUGGAUGCUAUCGAAAAAGACCAGACGAGUCCAAAACUGUAUCUAAACCUGCUUGAGCUGGAGUACAGUGGGGACGUGACGCAGAACCAGGAAGAGAUCUUGGCUUGUUUCGACCGAGCCCUGAACAGUCAGAUGCCCCUGGAAUCUCGCCUCCUCUUCUCCCAGCGCAAGGUUGAGUUCCUUGAGGACUUUGGCACUGACAUCAAUGUGCUUGUGGCUGCAUAUGACGAACAGCAGAAACUACUGAAAGAAAGUGAACCCACAAAGCGGAAAGCAGAGAACGGAUAUGACAGCUCUCAGGAACCUGAUUCCAAGAAACAACGUGUGGAUGACAGUUCCGCAGCAGCGACAGCAGCGACAGACGCGCAGGGAAACAACUCGGCUUAUAACUACAACUGGUAUCAGCAAUAUGGCGGUUGGGGACAGAACACCUGGGGGCAGUACAACCAAUACCCCCAGUAUAACCAGUACUACCCCCCUCCUCCAACAUGAUGAGCAAAAUCCUAACGUGAAGUCGGAGACUCAGAGGAAAUCAUCUUUUCUGACCUGCCUAAAUCACUGAACAGGGCUUCUUCACAGGGUGUCAUGGAUAUUUCGACCCAACCACAGACUUGCCGCAGACGAUUUGUUCCUCCCUUCUGGUUUCGAGUGUGCUCAGUUAAAUUACACUUUGUAGCUAUUGUUUGGAGUAGAAUAGACUUGGCCCUCCAUGGCAUUCAUGUUUAAUAUAAUAUAACUUGCAACGAUCAUCAUCUCCAACACUGGAGGUGCUUUAGUUUGGGUGUUUUCAAUGCAUGUUAUUUGUGAAGGCAGAGUUAUAUUUUCCCCUGUUACAAAGGCUUUUUAAUUUUUUUAGAUUGGAUGACUUAGUUUGGUCUAUUUCUUUGUGUUUAAACUUGUAAAGGAGACCUUCAUGUGUGUGCCUCUGAGUCAUGUUUCCCCUUCUCAAACUGAAAGAUUUUUAAUAUUUCAUGGUUCUGUUUCCACAAAACAUGAAGAGUUACUUUUUUUUUUUUUUUUUU